AUGAGCGACCAAAAUCGUUCUUUGGUAGCAGUCCUUCGUGAAGAUCAGCCACUCUCAUUAGCUCAACGUGCCGAUGAAAAAGCCCAAUUUCGAGCUCGAGCAAAGGAGCUGAUGAGUGAAGCAGAAAGCAUCAAAGAGAAUCCUGCUUGGCAACCCAAGAACGAUCCUUCUCUCGAUAGCGGAAACGAUACCACCAAUACAAGCAGGAUUUCUCCAAUUUCAGGCGUAGCGAAAGUACUCAAAGAGCCUCGAAGCACACGGGCGUUGACAACUCGAGAGAAGAUCAUCCUAGCCAGGGCGACGUUCCUGAAUGGUACCAAAUUUCCUAUGUGGGAGUCUCCUCCAUCGGCGACAGAGUUCGAACUGCCAGGUGGUGGAGUUCCAUUCGUCGAUGACUCUCCUGAACUCUCGCUGUCAAAAUUCCAGCUUGAUGUAUUCGAAGAUUGGAAGCGACCGGCCGAGGCCAUGCCACCACCGGCUUGGCGAUCGUCAAGCUUAUCGAAGCAUCAGCCGUCGAUGGCCUAUGUCCUAAGAAUGGAUUUGGUACAGGAUGCUGCGACAGAUUGCUCAGUAGUAGCAUCGCUCUGUGCUGGCGCGGAGCGGGUUUUACGCGGCCACACCCCUCUGCUCAAGACGAUAAUGUGGCCCUGGGACGAUGUCAAGAACGAACCUCAUCUGUCUGAAAACGGCAAAUAUGUGUUUCGGCUCAACUUCAAUGGAUGCUUUCGCAAGGUCAUCAUAGAUGAUCGUAUCCCAGCAAGCGCAACUGAUCGAGUCAUCCAUGUUGUGGAUCGCAACAAUCCAGCCUUGCUAUGGCCUGCCUUGGUCGAGAAAGCGUAUCUCAAAGUGCGAGGAGGCUACGACUUUCCAGGCAGCAACAGCGGGACAGACCUAUGGAUCCUGACAGGCUGGAUCCCUGAACAGGUCUUCCUGCAGGCUGACGACCUGGAACCGGACCGGUUUUGGCAACGCAUACUAAAGGCCUUCACGUAUGGCGAUGUUAUGAUUACUAUGGGUACUGGUAAGAUGUCACGUAAGACCGAGAGAGCGCUGGGUCUGGCUAGUGAGCACGACUAUGCUGUCUUGGAUCUUCGCGAAGUCGACGGUCAGCAUUUAAUGCUUAUCAAGAAUCCAUGGUUAUCCGGCAUGGCAUGGAGCGGCCGAGAAACAUCUGCUGUAGACACAGAUCCAGACCCAGUCAGCUCGCCACGUGACUCGCUUAACAAGGACGAUGAUCUAAAGCCUGGAACAUUCUGGAUGGACUUGGACAAUGUACUCCGAUGCUUUGAGUCCAUUUAUCUCAAUUGGAACCCGGGGUUGUUCUCGUUUCGCCAGGAUGUUCACUUUGAAUGGGACUUGACGGAGACGCCGGAUGCGAAUGGUGCUAGAAAACCACGAGGUCCUUUCGCUAGUCUCCAAAAUCAUCGGCAAUUUGCUGUGUCAAUCCAAAAACCGGGCAAUAUCUGGUUAUUACUAUGGCGACACUUCCAAAACACGGUCCCUGAGGCUGCCACACCGGACGAGAUUGAGAGUGGACGACAUUUCAUCGACCUCACUGGUUACAUGGCACUUGCGUCUUUCAAUGCCAGCGGGCGACGAGUAAUGCUGCCUGAACGACAUCAUCGCAAGGGCUGGUUUGUGGACAGUCCACAAACCCUGCUCAUGCUGGAAGAUUGUGAAGCCGAAACUUCAUACACUAUUGUCGCCCUGGAACAAAACCUGGCCGCAGUCAAGCAUUCCUUUACAGUCUCAGCAUUCAGCACGUCGCCACUCACCAUUGCAGAUGCAGCGCCCCGAUACCCACACAACACCUUGCUUCCUGCCGCAUGGACAAGCGACACUGCAGGAGGCAAUUCACAAGCAGCCACGUACUGCUCGAAUCCUCAAUUCAUCCUUGUCGUCACACAGAAGACGUCGAUCAGUUUACUUCUGGAGACACCAGAUAAAAAUCUCAACGUGCACGUACGCUUGCUCCAUGGAAGUAGCACAUCACCUGCCAAAAGCACUGUCGCAGGCUCUGAGCAGCGCGUACAUCGCAUCUGCCGUCGCGACAUCGUCACCGACAGCAAAGACUAUCGCGCGGGCGCGUGCCUCUGCGAAGUGGGCACUCCACUCGACCCUGGAAACUACAUCAUCCUCUGCAGCACUUUCGAAGCUGGCCAAACAGGGCCCUUUACCUUGUUAGUUGAGUCUUCACAGCCUGUUCAUCAUGUCUCCCUCCUGCCACGUGAAGGCGCCGGUCGAAUCCGUACCGUCUUAGAUCCCGUAGAUUUCGAACGAGGCCAGAACGCACGUGCAGUGAGGCUCGAACCGCAGAGACUCACUACCCUCUACGCAAUCGCACGACCAAUUUCUUCGCUUGCGAAGACAACCACUCAAUCUUCCCCGCGCUCUCACCUACGCCUGAGUCUCCGCUACAAUCGUGGCCCAGACAGCAUCCUGAUCGCAACAUCCAACGAAGGCGAGUACGCAGAUGGUCGCCAUCCCAUCCGCACCGAGAUCAUCGAUCUCGCUCCGUUGACAUCUACAGGAUCGAGUUCUCGAUCAGGAGGAGACCGUGGUCUCGAUUGGCAGGGUCACCAACAGCCAUGGGAGUGCUGGCUUGUCUUGGAGCGUAUGCAUGUCCAUCCUGCGGCGGAUACGGGUGAUGGGGAGAGUUUCGGUGUGGAACUCAGUACGGAUUCGUUGAAUGGUGUUUCGUAUGGACGGUGGAUUGAUUGGCAGGAAGGGUGA